AUGGAACUUGUGCCUCAAGGUGAUUAUGGUGAUUAUGAGAAUGAGGCCAAUGGACCCAGUGGAUUGGACGAUGGCACUGGUGCUUUUGUAUAUUGUUGGCUCGAGAAGAGGACAUUUCUUAAGCAAUAA